GUACCUUCGAGGUCCUCCCCCAGUGACGAGGUGUUGUAGCAAGGUACAAUUGUGCGUUUUUUUCAAUAUAACGUUGGAAACCUCAGUGAAAUUAAAGAAGAGCUUUUAUGAAUUAGUCGAGGCGUCGUGCCAAACACGGACACGCAUGAUACGCGCUGCAUUCCGCAACCGACAGACUGAGAAGGUGAUUUCGGUUCAACCGCUCUUCUCCCCAGUCGACCGGCCAUUUCUCGGGUUGAAAUGUAAUUACACAGAAGCAAGGGCAUGUGCUCACGUUACCUUUGGUUGACUAGACUGCAGCUGGGCGGUGCUUUGCUGCACGGGCUACAAAGUCACCAGAGAACAAAGUUUGAAAUGAGUCCCUGCGAAACAAACCUGUGCAACGCGCGCCGAGCGAGAGACCGAUAAUGGAUUCAGCCAAGCGGGAUGAACACAUGAGCGAGCACGCCGCCAACCUACUGGGGACGGGACAGAGGUCCAAACGGACACAAAGCGCCACCAAAACAAAGUCAAGAUGCUUGAAAGUCCUCUGUGCGGUCCUUCUGCUUGGCUUGCUGGCUUUAAUUCUCACAGUCAUAUUUAUACUCAAACACCGUUGCAGUGAUAAAGAUGCUAUUAGCUGUAGAAACCGCUGCUUGUCCAAAAGUCGUGACUCUACCGCUGUGUGCCACUGUGACGCUGCGUGUGUGAACGAAGGCACCUGCUGUCUGGACUAUCAGGAAACGUGUUUAGAACCAAGUCAGCGCUGGACGUGUUCUAAAUUCCGCUGCGGUGAGGAGCGUUUGCUGAACAGCCUCUGCUCCUGUUCUGAAGACUGUGUGACGGAGGGGGACUGCUGCUCAAACUACAAGAGUGUAUGUGAAGGUGAAAAACCUUGGCUGGAAGGGGACUGUGAAGACAUCAAGACUACUCAGUGUCCUCCUGGGUUUUCUAAACCGCCGUUGCUUCUGGUGUCUCUGGAUGGAUUCAGGGCAGGAUACAUGGAGGCCUACAGCAGCCUGCUUCCUGUCAUCAACAAACUCAAGAAAUGUGGGACCUCCACACCAUAUAUGAGACCUGCUUAUCCCACCAAGACCUUCCCAAAUCAUUACACCAUAGUGACAGGUCUAUAUCCAGAAUCACAUGGAAUUGUGGACAAUAAGAUGUAUGAUGUCGCUCGUAAUGCCUCUUUCAGUUUGAAAGCUGAUGAGAAAUUCAACCCUGUUUGGUACCAGGGUGAACCAGUUUGGCUCACAGCCAUGAAAAACAAACUGAAAACGGCUACUUUCUUCUGGCCUGGAUCUGAUGUGAAAGUCAAUGGACAUUUCCCAGAUUACUGGGUGAAGUAUGACAGGAACAUCCCCUUUGAACAGAGAAUGGCAAAAAUCUUUAAAUGGUUGCAUUUAUCUGAAGGAGAAAGGCCAGACUUUUACACCUUAUACUUUGAAGAGCCUGAUUCUGCAGGUCAUCGACAUGGACCAAUGAGUAGCCAGGUCAUUGAGGCUUUACUGAAUGUCGACAGGCUUCUUGGGAUGUUGAUGGAUGGUCUUAAGGAAAGACAGCUGCACAGAUGUGUCAACCUGGUUCUGGUCUCUGACCACGGGAUGGAAGAAGCAUCGUGUAAGAAAGCUGCGUAUGUCUCCAGCUAUGUGGACAACAUUGAUGACAUCACUGUCAUCCAGGGUCCUGCGGCGAGAGUCCGUCCCAAGCGUUUGCCUGAUGAGUUCUUCUCCUUUGAUUAUGAAGGUCUGGUGAAGAAUCUUUCGUGCAAAAAAGCGGAUCAGCCGAUGAAGCCGUAUCUGAAGGAGCAUCUGCCCAAACGCCUUCACUUCGCCAGUAACAUCCGUAUAGAGCGAGCGCAUCUCUACAUGCAGCCCGGCUGGCAGGCAGCGCUCCAACCAAAUGAAAUUAAAUACUGCAAGGGCGGCUUCCACGGGUCAGAUAACGUCUUCAAGAGCAUGCAGGCUAUUUUUAUUGGAUAUGGACCAGGUAUGCAUUCUAAGACGAAUGUGCUCCCUUUUGAGAACAUUGAAGUCUACAACCUCCUAUGUGAUUUGCUGGGUAUUCCUCCUGCCCCCAAUAACGGCACCCAUGGCAGUUUAAACCACCUGCUGAGGAACCCACCCCACCAGCCGGUGUACCCCGCAGAGCGCUCGGCAGCGUCGACAUGCACCCAUGUGAGGAGCGGCGUACGGGACCCCCGCGGCUGCACCUGUGACUCCCUCACUGACGCGGAGGUCCACCGCCUGAACCUGCGUCUCAUCGACUCAAACUCAAGCUCUUACGUGAAGGCUGUUCAUCUUCCUUACGGAAUCCCGCGUGUUCUUCAGGAGCAGUCGGAUUACUGUAUACUUCACCACACUGCGUACGUCAGCGGAUACAGCAGAAACAUCCUCAUGCCCCUUUGGGUCUCGUACUCGUUGAAUGCAACGGUGAGCGUCCAGCCCUCGGCAGACACAUGUGUGCGUGCAGAUGUGCGUGUUCAGGCCAGUGCCAGACAGUCCUGCUCGUUCUACAAGAACAAUUCCACUCUGACCUUUGGCCUCCUGCAUCCACCCAACUUCAGUCCUACAGGAACUGAGCCAGACUCCUUAAUUACAAGCAACAUGGUGCCCAUGUUUCCUGCUUUCAAAGAUGUCUGGAAUCGCUUUCACGAUGUUCUGCUUGUCAAGUAUUCGCAAAAGCUGAACGGAGUCAACGUUGUGAGCGGACCAAUAUUCGACAACGACUUUGACGGGAACUAUGACUUUAUGAACAAGGGAACCCCGAACGGGGCUCCCAUCCCAACGCAUUUUUUUGUGAUUCUUACAAGUUGUAAGAACUCGUCCCUUUCCAUCCGACAGUGCGACGGUCCUCUAGAUGCCGUGUCGUUCAUUCUUCCUCAUCGAGCUGAUCGUCUGGAAACGUGUCAUAACGGCUCAGACUACUCGUGGCUCCAGGACUGGGUUCAGUUUCACGUGGCGCGGGUCCGAGACGUCGAGCUUCUGACGGGCUUGAGUUUUUACCACGACCAGAUAUCUGUCGCCGAAACAUCACGACUCAAAACCACACUCAAAACUUUCUAGAAAACGCUUGAGAACUUAGACCUCGUUCCACCGCGUCUGAAGGCCGCCGACGGCGUAUUCAGAAUGGAACGGAUCUGUUCUUCGUUGAAACGCAGCUGAGCUUUAACCAGACUCCGGAAACAAAGACGCAAGCUCAUCGCGAGAUCCUUUGAACUGCUAAAAAUGGGAAAAUAAAAAGUUUUACGAUCUCUGCUUUUAAUGAAAUCUUUAUUCUCAGAGGCAAUCUAUUUUUAUAUGGGGGAAGUACCGAACGCACCAGAAACCGGCCCAGCAAUCCUAGAAAAACUCGAAUUCUCUUCUUCUAAAAAAAAAAAAAAGAAAUAAUAAUAACAAUAAUAAAAGCUGUUUUGCAGCACACAUGUUAGUGAUUUAACUGUGGUUGCGCUGUGGUCCUGCAUUCAGCCUGUUCCAAACAGAAAGAGUAUCCUUAAACGAAAAUGUAUCAGAGCUCUUGUGCAAACAGCAGAAAACCUACAUUUUCUAAAGGAAUCGCUUUCAAAGUGUCACUCGCUAUGCAUUGUUUUAUUAUAUUGUUUUACAACAAAUGAAACAAACCAGCAGUCUGUAGCACUUACAGCCAACUCGUGAUUUAUUUACUUGUGUGUAAUAGUGGUUUGUACUGCCCCUUCAGGACAGAAUGCAGGAAUACAUCAGACAGCAGAAGCAAAAAGCAUGUCACUGUGUAUGGUUUUCUGGAGAUGAAAUGGAUUCACUCUCUCAGGUCAAUUUUGAACACAUUUGAAUCAGCAUUCUUUAUUACAUUUGUAUGUUACUUUUGUUAUUCAAAGUUCAUAAUGUGUAGAUUGUCUCAUUUGGUAAAUACUGAUUAAAUAUUUAAUAUUUGUGUUA